UUGCUCUUCAGAAUGGGCUAUGAUCUGGAGAGGUUUGUUGGCUAUGUGAAUGAAGGUCUGCUUUGCUGUGUGUGUCGAGACGUGCUGGAGCGCCCCCUCCAGGCGCCCUGUGAGCACGCCUACUGCAGCUCCUGCAUCAGCAGCUGGCUCCUCCAUCACCACUCAUGUCCCGAGGACAGGCUGCCUCUUGAUGUGAGCGCUCUCAAGCCACUCUACAGGUACAUGCGGAAUGACCUGAGCCGCCUGCAGAUCCGCUGCGUGAAUGCAGGGCAGGGUUGUGAGGUGGUCUGCUCCCUUGAGAGCAUGCACACACAUGAGGAUGAGUGUGACUUUGCUUUCAUAUCCUGCUCUAACACAGGUUGUCCCGUACAAGUAGAGAGGCGGGGUUUGGAGGCUCACCUGUCAGAAUGCAGCUUUCGCAGCAGAGAGUGCCCCAACGGCUGUGGACACACCCUCCAUUCCAUCGACCAAUCGCAGCAUAACUGCGUGGCAGAGCUACGCACGGAGGUGGAGAUGCUGAGGGCAGAGAUGCUGUGCAAGGUGGAGGAAGUGAGGCGAGAGAUGGAGUCCCGGCUGGAUUCACAGAGGAGACACAUGGUGCAGAAAGAGUCGCAGCUGAAGAACGAGGUGGAAGAGCUUAAGGGUCAGCUAUCCCGUGUGAUGUGCGACAUGCGUGCCCUGUUAGGGGCCGAGCGCCUGAGGAGACAGGAGCUGACCGAAGCCGAGCUGGAGAAGAGAGAACUACUGGAGCUGCUCAGGAAUCUGCAGCCCACCAGGAGUCAGCGUCCUGCUGAGCAGCCAGCCAGGGACCAGCUUCAGGAGGACCUGCAUGUCGAAUCUACAAGAUACCAGCAGAGAGAGGCCUCUGUUCAUGCCUCCAGCCUGUCGCUGCACUCAGCUUCUCAUGCCGCGGGUCCACCUCCGUCCCCUCAGCUGGGAGAGGGAGUGCGCAAGGGGAGCACUCGGAGUCUGACUCUGGACUGCAUCAAGAGGAAGAGCCGGGAGGUGACCGUCAUCUGA